UUUAAUUUUCUUCCCACACAUAAGGAAGAACAUGUGAUACUUGUCUCUCUGUAUCUGGCUUAUUUCACUAACAUGAUGUCCUUCUGUUUCAAUCAUUCUGCUACAAAAGAUAGAAUUUCAUUCUUUUUUCUAGCUGAAUAUUCAUUAUAUAUGUGCCACACUUUAUUUGUUUAUUCAUCUGGUUGAGUCCAUAUCUGGCUAUUGUGGACAGUGUUGCCAUAAGCAUGGUGGAGCAGGUAUCUUUUUCAUAAAAUAAGUUCUUUUUUUUUUUUUUGGUAUAUCUCCAGUAGUGGGAUUGAUGGAUCAUAUGCCAGGUCUAUUUCUAGUUCUUUAAGAAAUUGCCCGUUUUCCACAGUUGCUGCACUAAUUCAAAUUCCCACCUACAACAUGUAAGUCUGCCUUUCUCUUCAUCCUUGCAGGCAUUUCUUGCUCUCUGACUUUUGGAUAAUAGCCGUUGAGACAGGGGUUCAGCCCCCCGCAUGCGGUCAGUGUGGGGGAGGGGCAUUCUAGGAGUGGGUGGGGCUUGCAUUGUGACACAGCAAGGCAAAGGCAGGGGAUUGGUUGAGAGAGUAAGUAUAAAGUCUGGGGUUGGUAAGGUGAUCUCCAGACAGGAGAAGACCCGGAGGAAGACGGAGCCCUUGUCCGUGUCCCUCCACCUACUCCUGAGUGACGCACACUUGGCAUGUGUCUGGUCUGUGGACCAACUCCCAGUGACUUAGCUUUGAACCCUACUUCCUGCCUCUACACCUGAUUUGACCGAGACACUUUCCUGACUCCCUUGUCCUCUUCCUCCUCUUUACCUCCUCAGUACCCCUCUUCCCUGCCACACCCUCCCCUUCCCAAAUCCUCAUUCCCUUUCCCCUCCCCCUUCCCCUUCACCAUCCCCACCUCCUAUCUGGCCGCCCAGGCACCCUGAGGGGACCAGGACAUGGAGGUGAGGAGGUGGCUCUUUUGGAUCCUGGUGCUGGGGUUUCCCAGCAGCGCCAAGAGGAAUAUUGGCCAUAUUAUUGGAUUUUUUCCAAAACUAUUCAACCGGCCAUUUCCCGUAUAUCCAAAAGAUCUUGGUUGCACAUCCAAAUUGGACCACAGUUUUGAAUUCGUUACACAACAAUUUAACCAACCAUUUCACAAACAUCCAAUAGAAGAUCUUGUCUUCACCUCCAAAAUGGUUGAGAUUCCGCAGUGCCGGUUUCAUUUCGGUCUGCAUUGUUUGGGAAUUUUCCAGAAGUUGAUUGUCGGUGUUUUCCUUGGGAUUUCUACAUUUAAGAUUUUCUUCUGGAGAACUAAACUUGCUUUAUUUGAAAAAGAAAAAUCCUCAGAGAACUUGAAGAGAAAUAUGCCAGAGGUCAAAAUUACCAUCGAUGAGUCCUUGCUCAGCAAUAUGAUGCCGAAGUUCGAAGAGAAGGAGGAUAAUGACAGAAAAGUUGAAGACACGAACAAUCUAGUGAAUGACCUUAUUCAAAGUCCAUAUGCUAAGCUUCCACCUGGAACAGAUCUGAAUGCCAAGAAGCAUGACUUGUCUACAGAGUAUCAUGAUGAAGCCAAGGAAGCCAAGUGGGAAGCCCUGAGGUCCAGCAUAUGUGAACUGGAAGGUACAUUGUUGGGAAAAAAAAGCCCAAUAGAGCAAAGAUCAGUUUUCACUGGGAAGGUGAAGAAUGGCUUACUGCCCCAGGGUCCUUGCCCCAGCCAUGUUCUUAGGUCCAAGUGCACAUACACAAAGAACACUGUUUUAUCUUUUGCAGAAGAUAAAAAGAACCUGGAAGAAAACUGUCAUACAUUGAGCUCUGCAUUGGCAGAAAAGGACGCUGACUACAAACUACGGAAUAUGACUUUGAAUAGUCUUUAUGAAAACCAUGUACAAAGAAAGAUGACCCUAACAAGGGAGCUGGCAAGGCGGCAACAGGAGCAGAUGGAGAGCGAGAGGAAGCUGUUAGAGAAAGAGGAAAACCUGAAACAGGCUGAAGAGGAGUUAAAAAAAUACAAGAGAAAAAUACAAGAACUGCAGGCACGGAGGGAGCAACAAAGGUCUAUGUUCAGAAACCAGAUAGCCUUUUACGCCCAGAAGGAUCGGGAAAACAGGCUCAGUGCCUGUGCUUUUGAGCAGGAGGUGAUGAAAAGGAGGAAGGAGCUGGUCUACUUGCAUCACAGAUUGGAAAUAAUGGAAAUGCAGAGGAUGGCAGAGGAAUAUUGGAGGUGGAUGCCAGCACCAGGACGAAUGAUCUGGGGGAGCACUCCAGGGAGAGGUAGGAGCAGCUGGUUGGGGGGAGCAGCUUCAUUUCCACUGUAGAAUCCACAUCCUCCCCUUAUUCCAGAAGUGACUGUUCCAUAUUCUGAAAACAGUCCAGUGCACUAACUAAAGAGAAAGCAUUGUCCCAGAAGGUGGUAGGACACUUUUCCUCAGGUGCCCUAGCAAGGUGGUUCUUUGGGCUGGACCCCAGGGAAAGGUCCCUGCACUGGAUGUGGAUUCUCCUCUACUCCCACUGGUGAUUUUUUUAAAAGAUGUAUUAGAGGAGCCGGCAUUAUGGCAUAGUCGGUUGGGCCAUUGCCUGCAAUGCCAACAUCCCAUAUGGGCACUGGGUCUAGUCCAGGCUGCUCCACUUCCAACCCAGCUUCCUGCUGAGGUGCCUGAGAAAGCAGCAGAGUAUUGCCCAAGUGCUUGGGCCCCUGCACCCACAUGGGAGACCCAGAAGAAGCUCCUGGCUUCCACCUGGCCCAGCCCAGCCUGUUGCAGCCAUCUGGGGAGUGAGUCAGAGGAUGGAUGAUCUCUCUCUCUCUCUCUCUCUCUCUCUCCCCGACUCUGCAUUUCAAAUAAAAUAAAUCUUAAAAAAAGAUUUAUUUGAAAGGCAGAGUGACAGAGGGGCAAACACAUACACAGAGACAGAGAGAGGAGAGAGAGAGAGACAGAGUGAGCGAGCGAGCUUGAUCUGUUUGUUUACCCUUAAUGCCCAUAACAGUUGAGGUUGGGCCAGGCAGAAGCCAGGAGCCAGGAAUUCUAUCCAGGUCUCCUGCAUGGGUUUCAGGAACCUAAGUAUUUGGGUGAUCAUUUCCUGCCUUCCCAGGUGCUUUAGCUGAAAGCUUAUCAGAAAAGGAUGUGCUAGAACUCAAAAUGGCCCUGUGAUAUGGGAUGUGGGUGUCCUAGAGGAAGAGUUUAUUUUGUGUGCUUUGUGCAAUUUUGAACACUCUUGGAAAAAGCAAAUCACCAUCUUAUUUCUCUUGGAAAAUAUGCUAUGCAGAAAUCCUUCAGUGAUGCCCUCCAUAAAAUAUUCUGCAUUAGCAGGGAUCAAAUAUUUGUAAUAGAAAUGUACACUUGUAGGGUGGUAGUGAAGUGUGACAGUAAUUAUCUCCAGGGCCAAUUUCCAAGAAAGUCCUGAAUUAUGUUCCCAUGAACAGGUUCUCUUGUGGCCUGUGUAGUUAUUACAGUGGAUGAGUCCUCUGUUCAGACACCACAGGCCGUUUACAGUUUGAAAUCAAAACAAACUUGUUUUAAUGUUCUUAUUUAGUUAGUUGGAAACUCUCAUUGGACUUUAAAUUCAGUAUUGCCUGUGAAUUAUGAUAAGUAUUAUACCUCUGUGUACCUAACUUCUAGGUAACAGUUUCUGUCAAAACACAUUCCCAGUUUCCCUGCAGAACAUCAGGAAUCCACGUCCCCUCCCAAGAGAUUCUGGUGUCCAGGGGUGGCAACACUGAGACCCUUAGCUAAGGAGAGAAGCAGAGGGGACAAGGAGGCUGGUGGCCCUCGAUUCUAUGACUGUCUGUGAUCAUGUGUGGAGGGUGAACAUUCCUCUCUUCUCAGUAUCUGUUCUUACUGUGCAAGUAAUGAGCUUUGGAUGUGGUAGGCAGGUAGGCUCGGGAGUGGUCUGGAUAUACAGGUCCUCCGUUUAGCAUCCGUGUGUUUAUUAAUCUGGUUUGGUUCUGCAUCUCCUGCAAGAUAGGCUGUGUCUUCUGACAUCUGCAGACAUAGUGACAUGUGAGGACAGCAGUCUAUACCUGUGACUUCCCUUCCUGCCCCAAGCUGUCAGGACCCAGGGGAGAGUCAAGUUGUGUGUCACGAGUUGCUCUAAAUCUGGUGGAGGGGAAAGGUGCCUGGGACUGUCACUUACUUUAUUGUGGAUCAGCUUUUAUUGGGAUGAGUGUUGGUGCCAUUGUCCAUCAUAGUAAUACAUUUCAAAUAUUAACUUCGGCGGGAGGCUGCAGAGGACCACUACUUUUCCCAAAUUUCUCUGUAUGCCCUACCCCACAAGUGGCCCCUCAUCACACUGUUCCCAUGCUAUUACUCUCUACACCAGUAGCCUCAGUCAGUGCACACAAUGAACUGACCUGGAAAGUGUCCUCAUCUUAUCUCUCAUUUUUGAUAUACAAAGAAAAAUGUCCCAGAUGGUACUGCAGGGUGUUACAACUUAAGGGUGAGGUUGUCUGAGGACCUUGGAACAUUGCUCCAGUUUCUGAGGACACACAAUUGGCAGUAUCACCUCUCUGCUGUGCACUGGGCAGCAGAGGUGUGUUUACAUAAGGAAAGAGGUGGCUUAUGGAGGCCAGAAAUAUCGGGGUUUUUGCUGCCCUAAAGCCCUUCACCCCUAAUCUGCAGGAAAGACAAGGGAUUCCUGUGGGGGUGUCAAAGUUAUGGGUCAGUGAGGACACAUGCUCUGGAGGUCCAGGAAAUUGACCUUGGUCCUGUGAGUAGACUUUGCUUGAUGAUGCCCCAAAGACACUGACUGUGUAGCUGGGUCUGGGGCAGUGGGCAGCUCCCUCCAAUUGCGAUGAGCAGGCUCCAGGGGGAGCUGACGCUGACUCUGUGCUGCUCAGCUGGGCACCUCUCACCACAUCCCAGCCUCCUGUAGCCUUGCUCUCAGCUCCACAUCAGGCACCAUGGGGGCUCUCCCUGUGGCUCUGCUGCCUCAGGCCCUGAUGCCCAUGCUUUGUGGGGCCUCCUCUGAGCCCCACUCAGUCAUCUGUGACACGGGGAUCCUGUUGGUUUCUGAGGACACUGUCAGGAGGAAGAAAUAAGCCCAUGGCAAAAGUACCUGGCAAAUGUCUGCACAUACUGGGCGCUCCCCUUCCCACGUCACAUGAAAACUCUCCUCUCGUAAGAUCAUCAAUAGAUGUUCACUGGAGUACAGUAAACAAAUCUAAGGGUGCAAUAGCUCAGGCCAAGACAUGACUUGCAACCCUGUUUGCAAAGAUGAGGCAGAGUCUCCUCUCUGUUAUUCAAAUUCAGACAUGACAAGGUGAGGCAGUGAUGAGGAUGGGCUCACAGGAAACUCAGAUCUGCCUGAGAUGUGCAGACUGUGAUGUUUCAUGACCUAGAGACACAGAAACAGUCACACAUGGAAGUACUCGCUCAUAGCCCAGACCGAUGAGAGGAGACAUAGUGUGGAUAAGAAAAUCAAGUCUUAUGGAAAUAGUCUUAAAUCUUGCCUUCCAGGACAAACCUUUUGAAAGUCAAAGAGGAGCCUGAGCCAUCCUAAGCAUGCUGUGGUGAUGAUACACAUCGAAGAGUAUUCGCUCCUGAAUGGUUUCCCUGCUCCUUGCUGCCUCCUCCCUCUCUUAUUUUUCCUAAAAUUUCCCCUAAUAAACCUCGUGAGAUCCUC